AAAUACUUCAUAUUUGAUCUAUGGGCCUUAUGGUGAAUGAAUUUUUUUUAAUGAGAAUCUGGACAUAUUUACAUUGACGAUCAUGAAUACAAAAAUACAAACGUUUAUUAUUUUCAUAUGAAACGCUUGAUUGAGUGAAGAUGAAGAUGGAUAAUUCAUCACGUGACAAGAUAGCCUGUCUCCUAUGUGUCCUGCAUCUGUUCACAACGGUGAGGUAUUGUCGUGGACAGAGUGAGAUCGUUUCGGCAGCGGGCGGUGCCAUAGGCAGACCUGCAGAUGUACCAGCAAGCAAACUAUUACAUACGCCAGCCCCUAUUCCCAUUUCUCAUCCGGCAUCUUCCCAAUCGACAACAGCUUCAGCAUCCGGUGACACCAAGAAAGUUGAUACAUGUGAUUCUAAUAAUAUGUGUCAGACUAUGUCUGGUUUAUGCCACCGAGGGUACCUGUAUUUCAAAGCCAUGCUCUUCCGAUAUCCAUUGUCUGUGCGAACCGAAUUACACUGGUACAUUUUGUGACAAGAAAGUGGAGGUAGCCAGAGGUGGAGUCACAUUGAUAAAUGGCAAACCGAUCACGACAGCGUCCCCGACGCUGGAUAUACCAUCAUCAAACGGGAAACAACACGUUAACGGUGUUAUGGAUACUGCGUCAGUGUAUUCGGAGACGAAGAAUGCCAACCCGAGAACUGAAAACCCAUCGCCAAACAUUGCUAAGGACCUAAAUGUCGCUCAAACGAAGAAAGAAUCAGAUACAUUCGUCGGACAAAUUGCAGAAGCAGCUCUAAAAAAUAGUGAAAAUACCAGUAGUGGUUUCAGUGACAAAUCAAAUGCGGGAAGCAAUGUAGUAACCAGUGAAAUUAAAGAAACUGCAACGUUUGAAUCAUCGCGUUCUAAAGACGAAUCUCAAUUUGUGACAAGAAAGUUGAAGGAACCUACAGAAAUAGUGCCUCUACCAGACGUUGUUCCAACCACAAUAAGUCCGAGUGAAAUAGACUCGACAACUUCUGAAGCUGGCAGUUACAGAAAAGGUCCGGAGUCGACGAAACACUCUGACAACAGUCCUGUACAGUCAAUUAUGAUUGAUCAAAAAUUGAAAUCUCACGAAUUGUUCGUGAUAACACAAAAAAGCGACGUUGUAACUUUAUCUACUGUUGAAGUUGAUUCAAACUUAAAUAAAGUCGAAACAGCGAAAGAAGUAAGAGAAAGUAUUAUAAAAUCAAAUGGAAAAGAGGCAACACCCGAAUCAGUUAUCAAUAGCCAUUCUAAGAAUGCCAAAACCAGUGAUGUAGGAAGCAUCGCAAAAUCGAAUACGCACGCUGAAGGCAGAGUUGGUGGUGUGAAUACAGCAACUAGAAACGAGGUAAUAGACGUAGUGCAUAACGUUGUUCAUGUGGGAAACAAUGAUGUGAAUUUCACAAUUGAACAUAUAAAGACCGUCAAUGUAAUACAAAACACAGCAGAUCCGUUAGAAGAACUGACUGUAGAUCCACAGGUGACGCUGAAUGAGGUGCAAAGUCAAAAAAAUGUAGUGCAUUCGCUCGAUGCUAUUAAAAUAAAUGAAAGUAAUAUUACAUCUAUUUCUGAAACAGUUACAUCUUCUCACCAGAUAACGGAAAUAGAUGCACAGACGCUUCUUAAGCUAUUGAAUAUAACCGGGUCGACAAAAUUUGCGGACAGUGUUACAGCAGUGAAGAUUGAAAUUAUUACUAAAGGCAAUAAUGGCAAAAAUGGAAAUACAGCUUCGACCGAUAGCAGUAAAACUGCAAGUAAAAUUGGUGGAACGACUUUGAUCGUGGCAACAACGAAGGCACCCCCGUGAUGUAAAAUGUGUCACCACGCCGUGUUUUACAAACUUAUUAUUACGUCAUACACUAAAUCACAUCGACACCACACAGUUUUUAGUAUUGAACAAUUGCAAAAUUGCUUGUACCGUUCGUACGUGUGUCUGUCACUAAACGAAAGUCGCGCGUAAUUAUUGACACAUGACACGUUUUUCUUUUCCACAUUUAUCUCAAUGAAUUGUAAAGUACACAUUUCAAGAAAUGUCUUUAAAUUGUUUUUUGACUUUACAGCGGCACAGUCUUGCUGCCUCAAUUUAUCAUAGCUUUAAAUGUUGCUGGCUUCUUGUCUGUCAAUAAAUAAAUAAAUGUGUCCACUUGACA